GCCUCUCCUCCAAGAUGGCGAGCGGCGGCAGUGCGGGGGUUUCGGUGCCUGCGCUCUGGAGUGAAGUGAACCGUUAUGGCCAGAACAGCGACUUCACGCGCGCUCUCAAAACCGUCAACAAGAUAUUGCAGAUCAACAAGGAUGAUGUAACUGCCCUACACUGUAAAGUUGUGUGCCUUAUCCAGAAUGGAAGUUUCAAGGAAGCCUUGAAUGUCAUCAAUACUCACACCAAAGUGUUUGCCAAUAACUCUCUUUCCUUCGAGAAGGCAUACUGUGAGUACAGGCUGAACAGAAUUGAGAAUGCCUUGAAGACAAUAGAAAGUGCCAACCAGCAGACAGACAAACUAAAGGAGCUUUAUGGACAAGUGUUGUACCGAUUAGAACGCUAUGAUGAAUGCCUGGCUGUGUAUAGAGAUCUUGUCCGAAACUCUCAAGAUGAUUAUGAUGAGGAGAGAAAAACAAACCUUUCAGCAGUUGUCGCAGCUCAAAGUAACUGGGAAAAAGUGGUUCCAGAGAACUUGGGUCUCCAAGAAGGCACACACGAACUGUGCUACAAUGCUGCAUGUGCGCUGAUAGGACAAGGCCAGCUGAACCAGGCAAUGAAAAUCCUGCAAAAAGCUGAAGAUCUUUGCCGCCAUUCAUUAUCAGAAGACUCUGAUGGGACUGAAGAAGACCCACAGGCAGAACUGGCCAUCAUCCAUGGGCAAAUGGCCUAUAUUAUGCAGCUUCAGGGUCAUACAGAGGAGGCUUUGCAACUUUACAAUCAGAUAAUAAAACUAAAACCAACAGAUAUAGCAUUGCUAGCUGUGAUUGCAAAUAACAUCAUUACAAUUAACAAGGACCAAAAUGUCUUUGACUCCAAGAAGAAGGUGAAAUUAACCAAUGCAGAAGGAGUGGAGUUUAAGCUUUCCAAGAAACAACUGCAAGCGAUAGAAUUUAACAAAGCUUUACUUGCUAUGUACACAAACCAGGCAGAACAAUGUCGCAAAAUAUCUGCCAGUUUACAGUCCCAAAGUCCUGAGCGUCUCCUUCCUGUUUUAAUCCAAGCUGCCCAGCUCUGUCGUGAAAAGCAGCACACAAAAGCAAUAGAGCUGCUUCAGGAAUUUGCAGAUCAGCAUCCAGAAAACGCUGCUGAAAUUAAGCUGACCAUGGCACAGCUGAAAAUUUCCCAAGGUAAUAUUUCCAAAGCAUGUUUGUUAUUGAGAAGCAUAGAGGAGUUAAAACAUAAACCAGGCAUGGUGUCUGCAUUAGUGACAAUGUACAGCCAUGAGGAAGAUAUUGACAGUGCCAUUGAGGUCUUCACACAAGCUAUCCAGUGGUAUCAAAACCGUCAGCCCAAAUCUCCUGCUCAUUUGUCCUUGAUAAGAGAAGCUGCAAACUUCAAACUCAAAUAUGGACGGAAGAAGGAGGCAAUUAGUGACCUAGAACAGCUAUGGAAACAAAAUCCAAAAGAUAUUCACACCCUGGCACAGCUUAUUUCUGCUUACUCACUUGUAGAUCCUGAGAAGGCAAAAGCCCUUAGUAAACACUUGCCUUCAUCAGAUAGUAUGUCUCUAAAAGUAGAUGUUGAGGCUCUUGAAAAUUCUCCUGGUGCUACGUACAUUCGGAAGAAGGGUGGAAAAGUUGCUGGAGAUAGUCAACCAAAGGAGCAAGGACAGGGAGACUUGAAAAAAAAGAAGAAAAAAAAGAAGGGAAAACUGCCUAAAAAUUAUGACCCAAAAGUGACCCCAGAUCCAGAAAGAUGGCUACCAAUGCGUGAACGUUCUUACUACCGAGGAAGAAAGAAGGGUAAAAAGAAGGAUCAGAUUGGAAAAGGGACCCAGGGAGCAACUGUAGGAGCUUCAUCUGAGCUGGAUGCCAGUAAAACUGUGAGCAGCCCACCCACCUCCCCACGACCUGGCAGCGCAGCAACAGCAUCUACGUCUACAAGUAAUAUCAUACCCCCAAGACACCAGAAACCUGCAGGGGCUCCAGCAACAAAAAAGAAACAGCAACAGAAAAAGAAGAAAGGUGGAAAAGGUGGCUGGUGAUUAGAACAUUCUUUUUGUAGGCUAUUUUUAAACUAGUCUCAGUGACACUGGGAACAUAAUAAAGGUAACACAGCAAGAAGCACAGAGCUGCUCCCUCUCCCAUCCCCACAUUUUCAUAAAAUUAUUUUCUUGUGCGUCAAACAAAAGCAUCUUCCUCAAACUCUGCCCAGUCAGACUUGGCCUACUUGUACCACCUUGCUUUGCACAGAUGAGGAGGGCUCAGAAUAGUUGGGCAUUUACCCACUUUGAUAUCUGUUGCAUCCUUUCUCUUUGUGUGCUAAUCUGCUGUUUUUUUCAAUUUCACAAACAAGGCAUGUUAUCCAAGGUUUCCUAGGAUAUAAACAGAAACUACUUCUGUUUCAACUGGAGUGCAAAGAUAUUUGUUCUAUCAAGUCCCACUUUAAAUUAUGUCUUAGGAGGCCUUAGGAGACUGAAAGUGGAGUCUUCUGAGCAUUCCAAAUACCUGCUUAGAAAUAGCAUGUAAUAAAAAGGGACCUUAUUAAUACACUGGUAUUUUUCAGUUCACUACAUGAGUG